AUGGUUGCAGCUUCCUUAAGCUCGCGGGCGAAGCCCGUGAAGCUCCUGAAGAAGGGAACGGAGAGUACAAAGGCUCAUCGGUUCGAACCCUUCUCUCAGCGCGUCGCGAAACUAAAAAUCGAUCCAAUCCAUCGUGUGCGCCGACCAAGUUUCGGAGAAGAUGGCGACGAGACAUCUUCGCAUUUUAGAGCCUCCCUGGAUCACUGGGCUGAUAUGAAUCUCUCGGAAAACUUUACUGAAUUCGCCAACCAUGUUGGUCCUUUGUCCGAAAGCCUUCCCCAGAUUCUCUACCAUGAAGCGAAGAUCAUGGCUUUACUGGUUGAAUAUAUUGAAAAGAGGGACCAGUUUUCCAUGGAGCCGCUUUUGAGCUUGCUCGCUCAGUUCGCCAGGGAUUUGGGCGUUCGAUUCGAGAAACACUUUGCGACCAGCGUCACUCUCGUGGCAUCUGUUGCUGCUACUCAUCCUGAGGUGGAAGUCGUCGAAUGGUGCUUCACUUGUCUGGCAUGGAUAUUCAAAUUUUUGUCGCGACUACUCGUCCCAGAUCUGAGACAACUUUUAAGCAUCAUGACCCCCUACCUAGGAAAGGAGCGCCAGAAGCCUUACGUUGCGAGAUUCGCUGCCGAGUCGAUGUCGUUCCUGAUCCGCAAGGCCGCACUUGUUUAUUAUAAGAAUAAGGCCCCUCUCGAUCGCGCGGUUUCUUUUCUAUUUGAGGAUCUUCGCACUUGUGCAGAGUCACGGAAUGUGGAAAUAUACAAGGAGGGUCUCAUGGUCAUGUUUUCUGAGGCCAUCAAGGGUGUGAAGGGAGGUAUCCACUCCAACGGAUCGGACAUCCUGAGCUGCCUCUUAGAUCAUGUGGUUGCCGGGGAUGACAUCCAGAGCACGUUGGCCGAACAGGUAUUGCGAGGCGCUCUUACCAACGUCAUUCAUAAUACAACUGCGGAAACGUUCGCGGAACUGCUCAGUUUGAUCCGGGCCUACGUUGAAGCCGAGCACGAUCAAUACUCGGAAAGACAUGCAAGGCUAUCAUGCGAUCUAAUCUUCACCUGCGUGGUCACACGCAAGGGAUCGAGGGUGAAGGACUGGAAAGAUGUUCAUCAAAGCUUGUUGGCUCUGCUUAAGCGGGCCUUAGCUGAUUUCGAGUCUUUUCAGUCGUCGAUGCCACAGCUGCUUACUGCCGUGGCAUAUGCGCUCCAGCUCUCUCCAAUGGAUGAAAUGCUACCUUUUAUGCGCCCUUUGAUGGAAGCGGUUUCCGAUGAACGUUUCUCGGCAUUUUUCCUGUCAUUUUGUGCUACAUUUGCCGAGUUUGGUUCUGAACGAUUUCAUAUCGUCGUUCUGCCAUAUUUCCAACGGUUUGUUACGUCUUUCUGGGACAAAAAGGAAGACGAGCUGUGCCUUACUUUGCUCAAACUCGGGCAAUCUGGCUGCGUGACGCCUCAGGUCUCCAAACCGGGAUUCGUCGGUUGCCCAACUAAUUGGAAGGCCCAUAUCAGUGGAAAAUUCUCUACACCGGGAUCUUCUCCUGAGGAGGUCGCGUUACUCAAUGCUUAUGCUAAACUUCCCGGUGCAAUUUCUCUUUCCAACGAGCCUUCCAUUCUGCCAGAAAUGGUACAAUGUCUACAUGAUCUUCUUUCAACUUCUCUGAGAAACCCAUCCUCGGAUGCCCAGGCUCUCAAUACUCUUGCCUGCGGUCAAGGAUUCAAGUCCUAUGUCGAUUUCGGCGUUCAAUGCGGAAAUCUCGACCCGGCGCUAUGGGAUUUGAUCGUGACAGCUGGGCCUUGUUACGCUCGACUGACCCUUUUCUUGGAGGGAGCCUUGGGUUAUAUUACUGCUUCGCGUGAGGUGGUCACUCGUAGCAAAGCAGAUAUCGAACCGUUUGUGAAUGCUCUCAUCGACAACCUCCCUAGCCCUUCACAUGAAUUGAGGUUAUUGUCUCUGAAGCUACUUCUUGAAUUGACAAAGUCUACUACGAAAGAUGAUCCAUCUCCAAUCUCGAUAGCCAUCGAGAUUGAAGAAAGUCCACUGACGCUGCAAACUGCGAGGCAUCUUUCCAUGCAGGUCCGGAAACUUUCCAUCAUGUACCCGCAACUCGCUUCGCAUAAAUGGUUUAGAAGGCUCGUCCCGAAAUUUUGCUUUGGCUUGUUUUCGAAGAAGCUCGCACCGUUAUGGGAUGACUCAGCACAGGCUCUAAAGAGUAUCAGUGAACAUGCUGUUGGAGAGGCGAUCGUGACAGAACUGGCUAUACAUUGGCUUCAGGACUCCGGUUCACCCGCGCCAGACGAGGGAUCGUCAGACGAAUCAGCUGAGCGUCCACAAGUGUCUCCCGACUUCGAGUGCAUUAAUGCGGCCAAAGUUGAGAAUAUCCUCAACUCACACUUUCAACGCUCAGAGAGCCCGAGAGAAAUACUGGAGAAAAAUUUUGAACACGGUCACAUCUCAUCUGCAUUACUUCCUCCUUCUCCUCGAUCGCAUGCCCUGCGUGUUUUCCACGCGGCACCCCAGAUAGCCGAAAAGCGAUCUCGCCAAAUUGUUCCUUUUCUUCUCUCCUGGGUAUCUCAUGACGGCGAUGGCGGCAAUGCUCCGGAAUCAGGCUCUAAAACGUCAACGCCCGUCACACCUGACGAGACUGCUCCGUCAUGGACAUACAAGGAUCGAAUGGCCCUUCUUGGCCUCUUUGAGAAAUUCGUCAACCCAAGGGUCCUCUAUAAGUCAUCUGAGGUCCAUGAAGCGCUGCUUUCUCUCUUGACCCAUGGAGAUUCAGAGGUCCAGAAGUCCGCUCUCAAAGGCAUCUUCACUUGGAAAUCCCCCAAUAUUCUUCCCUACCAAGAAAAUCUGCUAAAUAUUCUUGAUGAAUCACGGUUCCGAGACGAACUUUCUGCCUUCGUCCGUGUCGGGAAAGAUGACAGUACAAUUGAAGAGGGCCAUAAAGGCGAACUUCUACCCGUUCUUCUCCGGAUUCUCUAUGGUCGAAUGGUCUCCAGAGCUGCCUCACAUUCUGGCUCCGGAGGGCAGGCUGGCCGUAGAAAGGCUAUUCUGAGGACUUUAUCAGAGCUCUCCGAGCCUGAUUUUGAACAGUUUGUUAAAGUCUCAUUUGGUCCACUUGGAGAGCUUGACCUAGUGAAAAAUGGCCAGAUUAACACGCAGUGCUUCGACCAGGAACUGCUAAAUUUGAGGCGACAGUCUGGAUUGCUCAGAAUGGUCGAGACAAUGUUUGAUACGCUUCGAAGUCGUAUGUUGGCUUAUGCGGGCAGAUCGAUGGAUGUCGUUGUCUAUUGCCUUAUUCGGUCUUGCCGACUGCUUGCCGACGAGAAGACAGCUAGUACGGAGUCCAAGGCUGUGAAUCACACAAACGUAUUGCGCGACAUCCGUCAGCUCAGUAUUCGUUGCCUUGAUUUGAUUUUCUCCGUGACCCCAGAUACGGAUUGGACAGCCUAUGUCCCCAUCUUGUUUGACGAGGUUAUCAAUCCCAGACUCGUCAACUUUGCUAUCGAAACAGCCCAAGGAGUCUCCGGUCUUCAUCGACUUUUCCAUACCUGGGCCUCUUCUUCGAAAUCCGUGUUUUACCUCGUCCGCUAUAAUCAGAAUCUCUUACCGGCUGUUGUGGAUUCUUUGAAUGUGGAAUCCGCGCGUGACGAAGUGAAGGUUUUCGUCAUGGACCAGAUUCUGCAGCCGAUAGUUGCGCUCUCAACUGGCAGUAUAGUGAAGGAGAGCGGUGAGAUGCUCGAUUAUUCGGCAGAUGAGAUCCGCGCUGAAGUACUCUCUCCGUACGUCGAGCACAUCCUUUCUCAUCUCAAUCGGUUGCUGCAGCAGGACCCUCCCCGGCCGGUUCUGGUUUCGGGUGUUGAGGCUUUAUCUGCCCUUGCUCCAUGCGUCGAAUCUUCCAACGAGACGUCGAGUCUUAUUAAAAUUGCUACCUAUCUGCUACGCCAACCCCAGGAUCGGGUGUCGCCAAAGACAAAAUCAGGAUUAUUGCGCAUCCUUCAACACUUUUUGCCUUUGUAUUCUGCCGAAAGCGAUCCGUCUCUUACCGAGGACGUCUUCCAGACCAUAUCCUCCUUGUUUGAUUAUUUCAAGGAUGAGGAAAAUCGGAACGUUCUCUCAAUGGUCCUUGCGGAAUUUGCGAAACACGAUCCGGAGUUGCGCGAGGUUAGCGCUCUAUGCGCAGACCUGAAUGCUGUAUCCUCGCGGAAACUGGAUGAGGUAGACUAUGAACGAAGACUCCAGGCGUUUACCAAGAUCAACGAGGAUUUGUGGAGCAGCUUGAAUGCUAAGCAAUGGCGUCCUCUGCUUUUCAACAUGUUGUUCCACGUCAAGGAUGAAGAUGAACUCGCCAUCAGAUCUAGUGCUUCGUUCGGGCUGAAGCGCUUCAUGGAGAGGGCAGCUCAGGCUGAGGAGGACAAUGCAGGAUUUGAAGAACUUAUAAGCAAUGUUCUACUUCCUGCCCUGCACAAUGGAGUCCGGCAAAAGGCCGAGCUGAUUAGGUCCGAGUUCGUGUCUGCGAUUGGCCACCUUGUGAAGCUGAACCCGACUAUGCCCUCCGUACAGGAUAUGCAUGUACUUCUUGUCGGGGGAGAUGAAGAGGCGUCUUUCUUCAACAAUAUCCUGCACAUACAGCAACAUCGUCGUCUCCGAGCCAUGCGCCGUCUGGCUGCAGAAGCAGCAAAGGGGAUUAUCCAGGCUUCCAACAUCAGCUCUAUUUUCAUGCCGCUCAUCGAGCAUUUCGUCUUCGGCCAGUCUGAAGAUGAGAAAGAUGAGAGUGCUCACAAUCUAGCUGCAGAGAGUGUGGCCACAAUCGGUGCACUGGCUGAGUGGUUGGACUGGGGUCAGUUCCGAGCAACAUUCCGGAGAUACCGCGGGUACAUGCAAAGCAAGCCCGAAAUCGAAAAGAAUAUUAUUAGAUUGUUGGGGAGAAUGACAGACGCAUUAUCUACCGCCGUUAAGCAAAAACGCGAGAAGAAGGACAAGGACAACGACGUCGAAAUGGAUGGUGUGGAGCCUAGUCUUCCAGCGAAAUGCCGUCUUGCUACGAGUCUUCCAUCUCCAUCGAAGAUAACAUCAGAACUCACGACACAGUUCAUUCCAUUUUUGACGGACUUUGUCCACCACAAAGACGAGUCGGAAGUAAGUCUCCGCCUGCCGGUAGCAGUCACAACCAUCAAGCUGCUCAAGCUCCUGCCGGAGGAGGAGAUGGCGAUUCGUUUGCCUUCUGUUCUUUUAGAUGUUUGCAACAUCCUAAAAAGCAGGGCACAAGAAUCUCGAGAUGUCGCCAGGAAGACGCUCGGGGAUAUUGCCAUCAUUCUUGGACCGUCGUACUUUGGUUACAUACUGAAGGAGCUGAAGACUUCCCUUAACAAGGGCUACCAACUCCACGUCUUGGGCUUCACGGUCCAUUCGAUUCUUGUGGCGACUACGGAUGAAUUCCAGCAAGGCGACUUGGACCAUUGUCUUGCGGAUCUGGUGUCAGUGGUGAUGGACGAUAUCUUCGGUGUGGUGGGCCAGGAAAAGGACGCAGAAGACUACGUCAGCAAGAUGAAGGAGGUUAAGAGUAACAAGAGCUAUGAUUCGAUGGAGUUACUCGCAAAGAACAGCUCCGUCCCACGCCUUGGAAACUUGAUCUCGCCCUUGCAGUCGCUUUUGCGUGAGAAGCUAACGUCAAACUUGGUCAAGAAGAUUGACGAGCUGCUGAGAAGAAUCGGCGUGGGCUUGCUGCGAAAUCCAGGAGCUGAGAGCCGCGAUCUUCUCGUCUUUUGUUACGAGGUCAUUAAAGAGUCAUAUCAAGAUAAUCCUGCCAUGGACGUGAAGUCUAUGGAGUCCAGUCGGGAACAGCGGUUCUUGGUGAACCUCCAAGGUCCAAAGCGCGGAGAGAAACGCGGCACCACUUCAUCUUACGUCCACAAGCUAUCCCGCUUCGCCUUAGAUGUCCUCCGCUCAAUUCUCAAUAAAUUCAAUUCACUCCUUACUCCAGCAAAUGUGGCCGGCUUCCUGCCAGUCAUCGGUGACGCAAUAGUCCAGGGUCAUGAAGAAGUCAAGAUCUCUGCCAUGCGUCUUUUAUCCACCAUCAUCAAGCUUCCUCUUGAGGAAAUCGACAAGAAUGCUCCUGUUUAUAUAACGGAAGCAGUGAAAGUCAUCAAAGAGGCGCCAAGCACGAACACCGAGGCGUCCCAGGCGGCAUUGAAGCUCAUCGCAGCUAUUCUGCGGGAGAGGAAGUCUACGCAAAUCAGGGAUGGCCAUCUCGCUUACCUGCUCAAACGUCUUACAUCCGACAUCGAGGAGCCCGAUCGUCAAGGAGUGACCUUCAACUUCAUCCGCGCGGUCAUGGAACGCAAGUUUCUCGUGCCAGAAAUGUACGAAUUGAUCGACCAUAUCGCGUCAAUGAUGAUCACCAACCAGACGCGAGCUGCACGGGAUCUUGCGCGCGGUGUAUACAUCCAUUUCCUGAUCGAGUACCCGCAGGCAAAAAGCCGAUGGACCAAACAGCUCGGCUUCCUUGCAAAGAACUUUGAUUACCAAUACCGAGAGGGGCGUGAGUCUGUUAUGGAAGCGGUGCAUAUGCUUCUGUCAAAGACAGGCGGGGACCUUGCUCAAGAAAUAAUCGGGACUUUCUUCCUUCCGGUGGUACUGGUCAUGGCGAACGACGAAAUCACAGAGUGUCGGCAAAUGGCCGGUGUGCUCCUUGGUGAGCUCUAUAGCAGAGCUGAUCGGGAACAGCUUCAGGUCAUGCUGAAGCCUCUCCACUCAUGGCUCGAGCAAACGGAGAACAUGCAGCUUGUCAGCACAGGUCUCCAGGCCAUGAGGGUAUUCUUUGAGGUUGAUGAGACAGAGAAAGAGAAGGAAGGCCGCUUCGUGGUUGGAGUGCUCCCCCAAAUCAUCAACCCUAUUGUUGCAGAUCGCGAGAGUGAGCACUGGGAAGUGCUAUACUUUGCUCUGCAGCUCUUUAUAAAAGUGUGCAAGACUGUGCCCUCUAUCGCGUUGAGCAAGGAUUGCGCCGGCAUCUGGCAGAGCAUUCAACAAUCACUCUUCUAUCCCCAUGCUUGGGUCAAGACAAGUGCAGCGAAUCUUAUUGGGAGCUGGUUCUCCGAUUUGGCCAAGACCAAUGCGUCCUCUGGUUAUGGCUCUGUGCCCUUGGUCGGCCAAUUUGGUCUUGGACUUGACGGCGAGGCAAUGCUGCAGCUUGUCCGGGCCAGCAUCCGCUGUCUCCGAACUCCCGGUGUAAGCGAGGCACUCGCCAUGCAGAGUGUGCGCAACGCCAUAUUCUUAGGUCGAUGCUUAGCCGAGAAUGGCGUGAGCUUUGCCCGCAAAGGCGAGGAAGAGUUAAGCGACGACUCGUCAAGCGACGAAAGUGAUGCAGAGGAUGCAGAGGACUUAGCGGAAGAGGAAGAAAAGACCAAUGGAGUUACUACCCCCAAGACAAAGUCACCUCUUCACUACGUCUUCCAGCAGAUCUCGAGCAUCCUGCGCCGCGAGACAAUCACAACAAGAGCCGAGUCAUUGGUCCCCAAGACGGCCUCUAUGGGCCUGUUGGCAACGCUCUGCCGCCAUCUGGAAGCCGACAAGCUCAUACCUUCUCUGCCGGUCAUCCUUUUGCCGCUGCAGCACCUGAUCGAUCCGUCCAUCCCAGCGCCCCGCUCGUCCGACGAAGCCUUCCAGAACACGUACAAAUCACUCGUCGGGAACGCGCAGGAGGUGCUUGACCUGCUGCAGAAGAAGCUGGGUACGACCGAGUACGUGGCGCAGAUGGCACGAGUGCAGGAGGAGAUCAAGGCGCGACGAGAGGGACGGCGGGUCAAGCGGCGGAUCGAGGCCGUCACGGAUCCGGAGAAGUUCGGGCGCGAGAAGAAGCGGAAGCACGAGCGCAAGAGGAUCAAGAGGAAAGAAAGAGGUCUGGAAUAUCGGGAUCGGAGGCGUGGUUUCUAA